AUGAAGCAGGAAUGGAAUAACGGCGGUAAAGAUGGACAUGUCACUCAAGCUAGUAAUUCCAGGAACGUGCUUGUCAGCUCUACACCAGUUCCGCUUUCGAAUCUUCCAUUUAACAGAAGAGGGAACCAGUCGGUACUUUUACCUCUGACAUAUUGGCUCUCAAGACCAAGAACCAUGGCCGAUUACCAUUUUCAGUGGAGAUCUACAGGCAGCGUUUUCGAAAAUCAACACCAGCUGCUCACGAGGGAACGUCCAGUACCGUCAGUUCUUCAUUGUUUUUCGACAGAGCCGACUUACGUAACAGUCUUCUGUAAGGUGCAAAAUUUGCCAUGUAACAGUGAAAUGGCAAACACUUUCGUAUUGAAGAGAAGGAUCAGUUUACUGGACCCACCUCGAAACGCAACGAAAAAGAAAUUCUUUUCAAAAGUUGUCGGUGAUGGGCGUCCAACGCUUCUUCACAAGCCAAAGCAAACAUUUGACAAGGCUGACGUUGCUGAGAAUCUUUUUUCCACAGAAGGACCAUUGACUAAUUCCUGGGACCUAGACUUUAUUAAUUUGCUAAUAAAAAAGUCUGAUCAGUUAGAGGAUAAAUUAGAUAAUACCUGCAGCUAUCUAAAUCAGCCUGUGGAAGAGGAGAAAAUGUCAGAUGUCUAA